AUGCAAAAUUCGCUCACUGCUACUCUUCCUGCAUUCGCGCGUUCAAAGAAAAAGGACAUUUCGAAGAUCUCAAGAUCUCUGCGAUUUUCUUUAUCAAGGGCAUCAACGACCCCGGCGGGGUUCGCGCUGUUCAAGGUGCUAGACGACAAGAAGCUCGACAAGGUCGAGGACAUCUGGAAGCACUUCGAGUCGCCGGAGAGCGCCAGCAAGGUGGUGAAGUUAAAGGCGUUCGACAAGUUCGAGAACACGGCGGACGCGCUGGGCGCGGCGACGGCGCUGGUGGAGAGCAAGCUGAGCAAGGGGCUGAAGAAGUUCGUCAAGGCGCAAUGCCAGGGGGAGACGCUCGCCGUCGCCGACUCGAAACUGGGCAACAUCAUCAAGGAGAAACUGGGAGUGACAUGCGUGCACAGCGCGGCGGUAAUGGAGCUCAUGCGCGGGGUGCGCUCGCACCUAUCGGAGCUCAUCGCGGGGCUGUCAGGCGCCGACCUCGCGCCCAUGAGCCUGGGGCUCAGCCACAGCCUGUCGCGCUACAAGCUCAAGUUCUCGCCCGAUAAGGUGGACACGAUGAUAGUGCAGGCCAUUGGGCUGCUGGACGAUCUGGACAAGGAGCUGAACACGUACGCCAUGCGCGUGCGCGAGUGGUACGGCUGGCACUUCCCUGAGCUCGCUAAGAUCGUCACAGACAACCUGCAGUACGCGCGUGCUGUCAAACUCAUGGCGCACCGUGUCAACGCUGCCGACCUUGACUUCUCCGGGAUACUGGAGGAGGAUGUGGAGUCGGCCAUGAAGGAGGCGGCGGUGAUCUCCAUGGGGACGGAGGUCAGCGAGCACGACAUGACCAACAUCAUUGCUCUCUGCGACCAGGUCAUCGCCCUCUCAGAGUACCGCGCGCAGCUCUUUGACUACCUGCGCUCGCGCAUGCUCGCCAUAGCGCCAAACCUCACGGUGCUGGUGGGCGAGCUGGUGGGGGCGCGCCUCAUCGCCCACGCAGGGUCGUUGAUGAGCCUGGCCAAGCACCCCGCCUCCACCGUUCAGAUCCUCGGCGCUGAGAAGGCGCUCUUCCGCGCCCUCAAGACGAAGCACGACACGCCCAAGUACGGGCUCAUCUUCCACGCGUCCCUCAUCGGCCAGGCGCCCCCCAAGCUCAAGGGCAAGAUCUCCCGUGUUCUCGCCGCCAAGUGCUCGCUUGCUAUCCGCGUGGACGCCCUGGGUGAUGCCACCGAGCCGACUGUUGGCAUCGAAGGUCGCGCCAAGAUCGAGCAGCGGCUGCGGCAGCUGGAGGGGCGGGUGCUGGGCAGUGCGAGUGCAGCAAGCAAGGGCAAGGCGAAGCUGGGGGCGUAUGACAAGGACCGGAAGGAGGGCACGGGAGGUCUCAUCACCCCUGCCAAGGCAUACAACCCUGCUUCUGACGCACUGCUGACAGCCAAGUCCCCAGCAACGGACGCAACACCAGCAGCAGCAGAGGAGUCGGUCAAGAAGGCGAAGAAGGAGAAGAAGGCAAAGAAAGACAAGGAGAAUGGCGAGGCCACUCCCUCUGCCGCUGCCCGUGUGGAUGCCGACGGGGCCGAGCCUCCUUCCACUGAGUACUGCUGCCGCUGCUGCUCUGCAGCCAAUGGGUGUGAUGUGGUGCGCCCUGAUUGGCUGGCCGAUGCCACCUAUAUGGGCCGGGAUUUCGUGGAUGACAUUCCCUCCACCAAAUGGAAGCAGCAGAAACUGCAGAACAACUACUACUGGCACUCAGAGGAUGAUGUCCCCAUGCGGAUUUACAUGGAGCCGUUGGAGCAAAUGACCUUCGUUCAUGCCUCGUUUCAGAAGCCGCACACCUUUCGCAACUCCACCUUUGAGCUACCUUCUGACAUGGACUGCUCACAGCUCUGCUACGGCUUCUGCGCGCUGGUCCGACAAACCACACACUAA